CUUUCACUUUCGGUUUGGAUUAGUGUCCUACUCCGGAAAGACUGUUUUCUUCCUGGUCGUUAUUCUUCAUUAUAAAGAUGAAGCUUUUGUCCAUCAUUGGUUUGCUGGUGCUCAUUUCCCAGGUUGACUUGGCCGAUCUUAACUACAGGCCCAUUAUAGGUGUGUUGGCCCAAGAAAGCUCCCAGUCGAGUGUGAAGUAUGGGGAUACUUUCAUCCCAGCUGACUACUUCCAGUACAUAGAGAUGGGUGGUGCGCGAGGGGUUCCAGUCUUUGUUGACAGAGAGAUUGAGUACUAUGAACACCUUGUGAACAGUAUCAAUGGAGUGCUGUUUCCAGGCGGCGGUGUCAGCCUGACUACGUCCAAGAUGGCAAGAGCAGCCAGGAUCAUAUACAAACUAGCCAUACAGGCAAAUGAUGCUGGUCGUUACUUUCCGUUGUGGGGCACCUGCAUGGGAUUCCAGUUGCUGACAGUUCUGACUGCUGGCCAGAAUCUGAUGACCAACGCCUCAGUCUGGGAUAAGGCACUGCCCCUUAACUUUGUGAAUGGUUACAAGAGCAGUCGUCUGUAUGGCAGCCUGCCAGCUGAUGUGUACAAAUACCUGUCCACCCUCAAUGUCACAGAGAAUUUCCAUAACUACGGCAUCACUCCAGAGACAAUGAGUUUAAACAAAAACCUGAAGAAAUUCUACAACGUCCUCUCCACCAAUGUUGAUAUUUAUGGCAAAAUAUUUGUCUCAUCAUUUGAAGGGAAGCAGUACCCAUUUUAUGGUGUUCAGUUUCAUCCGGAGAAGGUCAGCUUUCUAUGGAACAUGCAUUACCAUAUCAACCAUGGGCCAGAGGCUGUCAGGGUCGGGGAAUACUUUGCCAACUUUCUUGUUGGAGAAGCUCGAAAAAGCACCAACCAUUUCACCAAUCAAACCGAGGAAAUAGCCUCAAUGAUUGCCAACUAUAAACCCCGGUUCUUCAAGGAUGCUACGUUCGAACUAGAGUACUUCUUUAACUUAACACAAAGUUAGAGCUGAAUUUAAUUGUGAAUAUUUUAAAACAAUCAGACCUUAACAAUUGCAUAUACCUAUCAUAUGAUUAGACACAUAUUUGGAAAACUUUAAAAGUUGUCUGCUUUACCAAAUGUGCGCCAAUCAUCACCAAACUUGAAUGCCAUUUUUAUGGGCAAAAUAUCUCAGACAAGUUUGAUAACUAGCCAGAAAGUCCCACUUAUACAUAGUAGUAUGUUGAAUUUUAUUGUUCUGAAUUGGAAGGGUUUUUUUAUCUGUGGAGGUAAAAUUCAGGAAGGCAAAUUGUUUUCGUUAUUUUUGUGUGCUGAAAUGAAUUGCUAAUAUUUGUUACACCAUUUAGCAUUGGUUAAUUGUGGAAAAGGGAUGUCAUUUGGAAGGUAUCUAGUUAAACUGAUUUAUUAAAAAAGCAUACUGUAGUGUUAGUUACGUUGUAAAGGUAACUCGUAUGUAUAACACAUCAAUCAAAACAUUUGUGUGUACAUAAUAAGAUUAUGAAAACUGAUUAUUUAUAUGCUUGUCUGUAUAAAAAGUUCCAGCAUUACAAAUAGGAACAGAUAUGAAACACCAUGCAUGUGUCUAUGAUAUUCUGUUUAAAACUUCUGGUAUAUAGUCUGUGAUAUGUGUCUAUUUAAGCCGAAACUAUUAUUUAUUUCCACCUCUUAAGAUAUGCAUUGGAAGAUAUAUUAUGUUUUAGUGUAUAUGCCAAUCCAUUUGUUAUGCUCUUGUGUCAGCUUAUGCACCAGUCAUUUGUAACCACGGCCCCCCUACUUUCAGGGGUAUACCGGGGAUAGCUGAGGAAAUGUGCCAUGUUUUUACCUUCUAGGUGACCCUGCAGUGCCGGGUGAAUGCUGUGGUUUUGUCUUCGCGCCCAAAAUAGUGGGGAAUGGGCCUUACCUAGGGUCCCUGGGGUGAGGGGGCAUUUGGCAGGGAUUUUGCCAGCAUUUCGUCCCCACAGGCAGGGGAUUUUACCUGGGCUUGGCUGGACUGAAAGUCAAAAGUCCCCGCUAUUCCCCGGAUCUGGGGGUGGGGGGGGGGGGGCAUGGUUAGAAUUGACUGGUGCAUUAGUAUAGGUCAAGGUCAAAGGUUCAAGCCAUAGAUUUCUUGUUUUCUCUAUAUUAUCUCUUCUACACCUUGAAGGAAUGUCAUGAAGCUAGUGUCAAAUGUUACCAAUAUGGAGAUGACAUGCAUAACCCUUAUUACCGAUGUGCAAGCUGUAAAUGUCAUGACACCAGAUGGUCCAAAAAUCUACAAAAAUACAGUAUUUCCUCCAAACAAACCUAGAAUUGUAAAUGCGAGCUACUAGAAGACCGAUAAUACAUCACUUUACAUGGUUUAAAAUAAUAAAUGUUGCUGUCUCAUCUGUUACCCUGUUUAGAAUUGCGCAUAAUGGUUUCCCGGUUUGAAUAAUAUCUGUUUAUGAAUUCAGAUGAAUAUAUACAGACGCUAUUUUUAAAAGUACUGGGAUUUACAUGGUUGACAACUCAUGUAAAUUUCAAAUUGGAAAAUUGCACAAAAAUUGCGCAAAAUUUAUGUGUCGUAUGUGAUGUGAUACAUACAUGUGAUUCGAUGCGUUGUACACAUCUAGGUCAAUUUUAUCUAAUUUUUUCACAAUUUUCUUUUUUUCUUGCAAUUGUAUUAUCUGGGGUCUAGCCCCUUUAAGGUCAAGGUCACAGUACAAGGCCACAAUUUCAAGCCAUAGGCUUUUUGUUCUCUCAGUAUCUGUAACCCUAGGAAGGAUUUUAAUGAAACACAGUGCAAAUCUUUACUACAGCGAGACAAUAUGCAGAGCCCACAUUACUGGCAUCUUGCUCAAAGUAAAGGUCACAUGUUAAGGUCAAAGGUUCUAUUCAUAGAUUUCAUGUCUGCUCCAUUACUUCUAAGCCCCUUCAGGAUUUUCAUGCAACAAUGGUGUUAACCACAUUCACACGGCUUAAAGAAACCUGCACUCCAAACACGACUGUUCAAGUUAAUAGAUCAACAUCAUUCAGGUUUGAAGUGUUGAUUACAUGUUAACGCCAUAUCUCCUUAACCCCUUAAUGGAUUUUCAUUAAACUUGUUUAUGGUUUGUUUUUAUAUUCCAAGUCAGACUUUGCUGACUACCUCGAGAAUAUGACUUCCAAGAAAAUAGGGUACUUCAGCAAACCAUGAAUCCAAAACAACCCUUGAGCUGUGAUUGUAUAUAAUGGUAAUUUUUAGCAAUGAUGAAAUAUUUAUGCACAUGAAAAUAGGUUUGUAUUUUAUUUUUUAAGCAAUCUCAUUCACAAUAUUAUAUUUUCUUGUAUACUCUCUUCACUUGAAAAUAGUAUUGCAUUGUUAUUUAUGCUUAUGUUUUUAACUGUGAUGAAUUUGAUAAUAAAAUACUGAAUUAGAAUUCUCAUAAUAGUAAUA